GGAGAAGGAAGUAGAGUUUGUUGGGGUCGGGAGGAAAAUGAAAUUUUGGUAUUCCGUUCCGAUUGGAUUUUGCGUAAAUUGGAUUGAUAUAUAGUAAUAAAAAUAAUAAUAAUAAUAUAAUAAUAAUAAUAAUAAUUCAGAACCGAAUCAUAAUCACAAUUACAAACAGCAGCAGCAGAAAGAAAGAAGAAGAAGCGGUUAACAAAACUUGGUUUGGUUAAUUUUGUGUUUGGCAAAAGAAUCGAUCAAAAAAUUCCAAUUGAAAUUGGCGAGUGUGGGUGAGGGGAAAUGGAAAUGGCGGCGGCGGCAUCUACAAGUACAUGCUUAAUUGAUCUGAAUCUGUACCCGGAGCCACUCCCACCGCCGUCUACUUCUAAUAACAAUAAUUUAUUAAUUCCCAAAAUGGAACCAACUACUACUACUAGUGUCAUCGAUCCUCAUCAAAUCCCUCCACUACCUAGUCCCAAAACCGAACCAUCUGCUGCUGAUGAUGAUUCUAAUAAUAAUCCAAACCCUAAUUUGUUUCCACCGGUUCCCCUCCAAGUCCAAGUCCCACAGGAGGAUGUUUAUUCCGAAUUCAACAGGAUUUCCGACAUGUUCCGUACCGCAUUUGCGGAUGCACAAGCUAUUGUCCCCGUCCCCCCCAACAGUGAUGGUCUCCUCGCGGUGGGCCCCCCCCGUAAGGUGCCUCCCCGUUCCUCGGAAUUGGUGAGGGUCACCAACCUGGCAAUGGACGACGAAAGGUACUUUCGUGAUGUUGUGAGGAAAACCAGGAUGAUUCAUGAUUCCCUUAGGGUUUUAGUUGUCGCCGAAGACGAUAAGCGCCGCUCCCCCGCCCCUGCCCUCUUUGAGCCCCGUCCGCCCCGUGCCAGGGGUGAUCUCAAAGCUUCCUCCGUUAUGAAACAACGGGGUCUUUGGUUGAACCGUGACAAGCGCAUCGUCGGCGCCAUCCCCGGUAUCCAUGUCGGCGAUGUCUUCUUUUUCAGGAUGGAGCUGUGUGUUGUUGGAAUGCAUGGUCAGGUCCAGGCCGGCAUUGAUUACCUCUCUUCUUCCCAGAGCUCCAACGGGGAGCCCAUCGCCACCAGCGUCAUCGUUUCCGGCGGUUACGAAGACGACGAGGAUAACGGCGAUGUCAUCGUUUACACCGGCCACGGCGGCCAGGAUAAGCACUCCAGGCAAGUCCUUCACCAGAAGCUCGAAGGCGGCAACCUCGGUAUGGAACGAAGCAUGCAUUAUGGGAUCGAGGUACGCGUUAUCCGCGGCUUCAAGUACGAAGGCAGCCCCAGUGGCAAAGUUUACGUUUAUGACGGCCUCUACAAGAUUGUCGAGUCCUGGUUUGAUGUUGGCAAAUCUGGCUUCGGGGUGUUCAAGUUUAAGCUUGUUAGAAUGGAAAACCAACUUGAGAUGGGCAGCGCCGUUUUUAAGUUUGCAGAUACUCUUAGAACCAGGCCUUUAGAUGCCAGGCCUGUUGGCUAUGUCAGUUUUGAUAUCUCCCUCAAGAAAGAAAAAAUCCCCGUCUUCCUGUUUAACGACAUUGAUAGCAAUCACGAGCCCAUGUAUUAUGACUAUUUAGUCACCACUGUUUUCCCCCCUUUUGUGUAUCACCUCGGGCCCAAGGCUGGUGGUUGUAAUUGUGUCUCCGGAUGUUCACAAGAUUGUUUUUGUGCCAAGAAAAACGGGGGCGACUUUGCUUAUGAUUCAAAUGGCCUUCUUGUGAGAGGAAAGCCCUUGAUAUUCGAAUGCGGACCACACUGCCAUUGUCCUCCCACCUGUCAAAAUCGUGUCAGCCAAAGGGGUGUGCGAAACCGAUUUGAAGUCUUUAGGUCGAGGGAAACCGGUUGGGGAGUUAGAUCGUUGGACCUGAUACAAGCUGGUUCUUUUAUUUGUGAAUAUACCGGAGUUGUUCUCACGAGAGAACAAGCCCAGCUCUUUGCCAUGAACGGAGACACUUUGGUCUACCCGAAUCGGUUUGGGGAGAGAUGGGCAGAAUGGGGGGAUUUGUCUCAAAUAUUUUCCGACUAUGAACGCCCGUCAUACCCAUCUGUUCCUCCCUUGGACUUUGGUAUGGAUGUUUCUAGGAUGAGGAAUCUUGCUUGUUACAUGAGCCACAGUUCAUGCCCUAAUGUUCUAGUGCAGCUGGUGCUUUAUGAUCAUUCAAAUUUGUCGUUUCCCCACCUUAUGCUGUUUGCUAUGGAGAAUAUUCCCCCCUUGCGGGAACUCAGUCUUGAUUAUGGAGCUGCGGAUGAGUGGACGGGGAAGCUAGCGAUUUGUAAUUAAACCCAUAUUUGUUAUCUUCUUUUCUUUUGAUUUGCCGUUUGUGUAUCUUCCAUUGCAGAUCUCGGGAAGCUUCACGUGCUGAGGUCAGAGUCUAUCAAGUAAAGGAUUAGAAGUACCGAUCUGCCGUGGCUUCACUAUCUUGCACUUCUUGGUUCUCAACCAGUGACCCUUUUUCUCUACAACUCUGACAUGGAAUGCUGCAUUCAGGCUUUUUCGGACUUCGUUGAUGAUUUAGGUUGUCAUCAUGCUUUAAGCAAGUAUUAUUUACUGACGACAACUUCACGUAAGAGUAGAAUGAAGUAAGUUUUGUUGUAGAUUUUCAUUUGCUAGGAUUACCAGUCAAGCUCAUUUAUUUUAGGAUUCCAGCAUGUAUAUAAUAAGCUCAAGUUUAGUACAAUGUAUGUCGUAAAGCAGCUGUAUCGGGCAUGUUCAAAUGAGUUUUUUCUGGUCUAAAUUCUAUAUUUUUGUUAUUUUAAUUUUUCUUCAACUUGAGGAGGUAUUGCCUA